UAAAGAUUUUGAAUUAAACUACGCUUAAUAAACCAACGCAAUGAAACGCUUUGGAUCAAAAGAACAGUGUGGAUAUAGAGUCGACACAAUAGACAGGCUUUGUUGCAAGAAGGAAGAUGCAGAUUUCAACAUCUGUGGAAAUUGCCAAUCUUGCAUCUUCACUUCCAAGCUCCACGAUUCGACCCAGUGGAUGUCGCGCGCAGGGUACUCGUCCAAAAGGAGAUUCCUUACUGGCAUUCUCGUGCGGUGCCAAAGUGUCGAAAUUCUCGAAACCAUCCAAAGAGUACUGCAAGUGACAUUUGGGAAAGAUUUCACCUAUACCAGGUCACGACAGAAGUCAAGUGUUUCAGAAGAUAUGACCACUUGGAGCCAGGACCGAGCGCUUGACACCAAACUUCUUGGGAUAGAGAUGGUUGACACUUGGGACUGGUUCAGUCGCAGCCACCACUGGACAAAAUCCAACUAUCUUUUAGGAAUUCUUUCCCUAUGCGAUACAGGGCUUCUUCACAUGCUUGGAAACUUGACAAGUGUGCUUAUAGUUAGAGCAAAACGGGCCUUCCUCCAACUUAACGUGCUGGAGGAUGAGGACCAUGAGGAUGACACCUCGUCUAUCCCAGAAUCCACCUACUCUUUCAACUCGCAGGAGGGUCAUCCAGACCUGGACCUCCUCAUCUGGGCCAGCUCCUUCUAUGACCCUGUCAACAUGCAUCAUGAAACUGACAUCAACACCAUCGAUGGAGGCCAGGAGACAUGCCAUGAUCCAGAGCUCUCCAAUAGCUGCCAACUCCAUGUAGCUCCAUGGGUGGUGGUGGGUGCCAGCCCUACCUCUGAAGGCCUGCAGGGCUUUGGCAGUGUGUGUCUGGGGGUGGUGAAGGAGGAUAGUGACACAGACUCCACCUGUUCAGACGACCCUGCUCUGAUGGUGGUCCCUCGGUCCUCCACCUCUCUGUCUGGGGUCCGCCGAUACAGAGACUUCAUCCGGGGUCUCCCUGUCCAUCUUGCCAAGAGGAUUUUAGGUCUUCUAGACAAGACCUCUCUGUACAGCUGCAGGGAUGUCUCCCAACACUGGCGCUACCUGACGGAAGACACUCAGGAGGACCUUAAUGCCAAGAAGAUGGUGGAGAAACAAGCUACGUUGAUGCAGAGCAACAAUACAGGUGUCAGCCCUACAUAUGCCAAAGUCCGCAAGGUCCUAGUGCCCAUCAGGGAGGAUGAGAAGCACAUGCACCACGUAGAAAUCUUCUCCAAAAUCAGACAGGAGAGGGGCUUUGAGGCCAUCUAUGCUGGCGUUAGAACCCGAGCCAUACAGAUGGAAGAGAGGAAUGUCUACUGUGGAGUGUACAAUGUUCUGGUGCUGCUGGACAGGGAAGACCCCUCCAGGGUGGUGCACUACAGUGGAGGUCAGCUGGUGGCCGUGGGCUCCAAGGACCGCGUGGUGCGUCUGCUGGAUGUGCUGACACUGAAGGAGGUGUCCCCGGUGAUCCAGGGCCACGCCGGCUCCAUCAGGGCCCUGCUGCUCUGUGAGGAGAGAGGACUGGUCAUUAGCGCCAGCUACGACCUCAGCAUCAGGUGUUGGAAUCUGAAAACAGGCGUAUGCCUAAUGCUCUUCCGUGGCCACUUGGGUACCAUCAACUGCCUGGACCUGCAUGGGAAUUGUCUAGUCUCAGGGGCCAAUGAUUGCAAAGUCAAAGUGUGGAACCUGCAGACAGGGCAUUGCUAUGAGAAGCUGAAGUUCAGGCACCACAACCCCAUCCUGUGUGUGAAGAUAGACAAGGCUCUAGUGAUGAGCAGCUGUGACAAAGGGCUGGUCAAAAUGUGGGGUAUGGAGACCGCCUCACUCCUCAAGGUAAUCGAUGCCCACCAGAGCUCUGUAAAGUGUCUGUUCUUCGACCAGUGGCACAUCCUGUCAGGUGGUUCUGAUGGACAGGUCAUGGCCUGGAGCACCAACUGUGACAUAAAGAAGAACCUGAUGACCUAUCGCCAUCCAAAGGAGGUCCUGGCGCUGAUCUACCUCUUUCUGCGUGUCAUUACCGGCUGUGGGGACGGGAAGAUCCGCAUCUUCAACUUCCUGACAGGGGACUGCCUGAGAGUCAUCAAGGCAGGGGGUCAACACAGCCCUAUCCAGUCCCUGCACACACACAGCAACAAUAUGGUGGUGAACACAGGGACCAGUGUUCUGAUCUACCAGUUCACCAGGGUGCGCUGGGACUACUCCGUGCUGGCCGAGAGGGAGUUCUUUAACGAGUUCAGGGGUACUCUUAAAAGCAUGCUCAAUAAAGACAAGUACCCCUACUCCUACGUGCGGGCUGAGCGCAUGACACAGGUGGGCUCGUCCAAUCGUAAGAUCUACGACCGUGAGGGCAAGAAGCCGGAGAGGCCCGCGCUGUCCCACCACGCACGCUCUCUGUCAGCCCCCAGCAUGCGCCGAGCACAGGCUGCGCAGCAGGAGUCUAUGAGGCCGGCCACGUGGAGUGAGCUUCAGGGCCACCGUAGGAGCCAGGCCUACAUUGACCUGCAGCCAGAGUUCAUCACCAAGCCCCCCUCGGCCAUCUCUCCUGGAAGACCAGUCAGCGGACACAGCCAGGGCUCCCAAAGCAGGGCCAGUCACACGCCCAGGAGCGAAACCACUGGCUCAGCCAGGGAGCUGUCUGUAACGACUAAGUGGGUGCUGACACGCAGCGAGAAAGCAGUGAAAGACCGAGUGAAGAAGAGGGGCCCCCAUCGGCCCAUCACCCCUCAGCAUGUCCUCCUCAAGGUCAACUCCACCCACCAGCCGCAGGGAAGCGACCAAGCCGGGGCCAACAUGAACCUCAACGCCCAGGUACGAGACGCCUGGGGCUCCCCUCCACCUCUACCUGUCCAGGGGAUGGAUCCAGAGCCCCACGCCUCACCAUUCCCACCUACAACCCCAAAACAGAGCCCCCAGAGUCAGUCACAGAAGGCCCCAGCAGGACCCAGCCACCAGGUCUUGCAACAUGGCAUGACCAAGACUUACGUCCCCCUUAUGACCCGCACUCUGGAUCUCAACCUGAGGCAAUCCCUCGACAGCCGUGAAAUCUGUUCCAGCAGUCCCUCCCCAGCUGUGAUGCGGCCUCACACCAGCCACGCAGCUUCCACCCAGCGCACACCAUGCCCCAAGUCAGAGAAGAAGAGGCCCCAGACCUCCUGUGGUAUUGCGGUGCGUAAGGUGGGGGCAUUCACUACCACUGCCCAGUCGAAUGUCCAGGCCCCGCAGCGCAUGUUCAUGAAGGUGAGCAGCAAGCGGCCAGGACGCCACGUGAACUUUGAGAUGCCCAAUAAGACCAUUAGCCAGUACAACCCUCUAGACCCAUUCAGGGAGCGUGGGGCCUUCAGGCUCCACACAGACACCCAGCUGGAGGAGUACUUCAGGGUCCAGAACCACCAACUGAAUCAGCAGGGGGAGGGAUGCUAUAGGACCAGGGAGGACCAGGACAGACAGAGGAAGGGGGUCUGGAAGAGGAAGGUCAAAGGUGUCCCUGCCUUAGACUUCCCCAAGCAGGACCAGGUGUAUGCCCCCGAGCUGGGCCAUGAGAUCUACAUCUGAGAUUGUCUGAGAAUCAGCUGGACAGGUGUUUGACUGGCUAAACCCAAUACACACAUGGAGCUUUUUGAACUGUGUGACCAUGCCAGGGCAAGAAUAGAGCCCAGGGCUCUUUGCAUGUAUGAUUCUCCCCCUCUUGGUUUGUUGAUCCUGGACCUUCUAUGCAAGAGUUAUUUUUAAAGAGACUAUGUGCACCACUAUUUGUGUAUCAUGUAAAUAUAUAGAUGCAUUUCUGUACUCCCACCAAUCCAUAUAUUAUUUUUGUAAUCUGAUGAGUAGAUAGCAGAUUAUUUUCUUUAUCUGGUCUAAUGAAUGAUUUUUACUUCA